GGGCCGCGCCUUCACGCCCCUCUUCCGGCGUUGAGCGGGGAGGCCUCUGUCGCUUAGCAACACAGGAGUCGCAGUCGCCGGGCUCUGGCGCCCUUUCCCUGACAGGGCUGUGUCCAAGUUGGUAGUGUGAGGCGCCACGCUGUCACGUGCCAGGCCGUAGGGGACCAUGGAGAGAAAGGAGGAAAAGCAGCAACAGCAUAACAUAGAAGAUGCUGGAAUAGCAUGUAUAACUGAAAGAAAAGAAGAAAUCAAACAUGAAAAAAAUCCUGGAAAUAGCAUACAGCAUUCAAAGCCUUGUGUCAGGAGAGGACGUGUAAAUUAUGCUAAAUUCAUUAACACAAAGGCAAGAACAUACAAUGAACCAGUUCCCUACAUAGAUCCCAAAAAGGGGCCAGAAGAGCAGAGUGACUGGUGGUCACAUGGUGAAGCAAUAGAAUAUACCUCCCAACCACUUUAUGAUACUCAAACUACCCAAAGAAGUGACUUCCGAAAACCAACAUGUCCACUGGUUUUGCCUAUCAAACACAGCAGGCUGCAGAAGCCUUCUUGUGGAAUAGUGCCACUUGCCUGUCCAGAUGCAUCAGCAGAACUUCAAAACAAUUUUAUCAAAUACAUCUCUUUUAUACAUCAAUAUGAUACCAGAAAUUCUCCCAAUGAGCCCAUCCCGGGAAAGAGACAUGGAGCUUUUGUGCAGAGAGAGAUAAAACCAGGGAGUAGGCCAAUAGUUCCUACGGGAACAGAGGUAUUAUUGAAUGCUCUGGGGUCAUGUUCAUCAGAACAGUCAAAAAAAACAGAGAAAGGAAAUUCGGCAGGAAGCAGAAUGAUCUCACCAGGUCUCUGCCAACAAAAUUCCCAAGAGCUGUUAGAGACUAAAACUCACUUAUCAGAAACAGACGGCAGACAAACAGCCAAGUCACACCCCAGAAGCCCUGAGAAAAGGGAGAAGAUUGCAGGCAUCUUUCAGACAACUCUAGGACAUUCUCUUCUCACCAGACAUAAGCCUUUAAAUCCAUCAAUAAAAAAUCAGGAUAAGUUACCUUUUUCAGAUAAAAACACAAUCCCUGGAAUGUAGGGAAAUUUCAUAAUCAUUAUUGAGGUGCUGGCACUUGCUUUUGUUAUCAAAAAACCCAAAAUAUGUAGUUUACAUAAAUAGGAAAGAGGGGAGAAAAGGCAAAUUCAAACCACAUUUUAAUAGUGAUAUCCAAUGAGAUAGAUUAUAAGACAUUAUUUCAUAACAUAAUUUAUUAAAAAAAACCUAGUUUUGCAUACAGUGAACAUUACUAACACGUAUAAACUUUUGAAGGAGAAGCCUUAUUGGUCAUUAAGGUUCUGAAAUCAAAACAAACUGGUUUUUAGAAUGUUGGCUCUACAUCAUAUGAGCUGUGUAAGUGGGGAUAAGUUACUUAACCUCUCUAGACUUCAGUUUUCUCAUCAAUAACGUUAGCAAAAUAGCAACUUCAUAAGAUUAUUGAUCAUGAGAUUAUGUGUGUUUUGCAGGGGUUUUCUUGUUUGUUUUUGUUUUUUUUAGUACCAGGGAUCGAACUCGGGUCCUU